CAUCGGCAGGCGGACUCUCAACCACUGCGCCACCAGGGAAGCCCGCCGCCUCCGUUUUGAAGGUGAAAUGUCUGCUCAGAUUCCCAGAGUGCUUGUUCGCCUGUCCUUUCUUAAUCUCGGCCAAGGGCACUUUAGAGAGGAUUCAGGACCUGCCCUGGGACCCUCUCCUCACAGAAGGGUGGAGGCUCAGAGAGACCUGCAGCUUCCCUCAGGUCACACAGCCUGUGGGUGUCAGAGCCAAGGUCCCUACCCAUUGACCCCAGCCCUUUCCCCUGCACCGCCUUGCUGCCUUCCCACCUCCCGAGGAAGCCAGGGCUCUCCCAUAUAGGGGAGGCCAGCUGUGGCAGGUCCCAGGCCAGGCUAGGGGGAGGGUGGACUUAACUGAAGGGAGCACCCCUGCACUGGGCUUUCAGCGUCCAUGGUCUGGAUGUGAGCCUCCCUCUGAAGGAACUGUCUUAGUCGGGGUGUGUUUGGCUCUGAGCAACAGGGAGCUACUGAAUCCUGCUCAAAUCAAAGGAUAUUUGCUGAUGGACUUCCCUGGCGGUACAGUGGUUAGGACUCCAUGCUUCCACUGCAGGGGGCAUGGGUUUGAUCCCUGGUCAGGGAACUAAGAUCCCACAUGCUGCUCGGGGUGGCAAAAAAAAUAAAAAAGGAUAUUUGCUGAAAAGACUCAGCGCACCAAUUUAAGGGCAGCCAAGGGCAGUAGGGAAAUGGAAGUUGGGGCUCAGGGCUCCAUCCCUCCACUACCCUCAGGCUCUCUCCUCUCCGUGUCCUCCCCCUCCGUCAGCUUCCUCUGAACGUGGCCCCAGCAGUGACUCUGCUGACUUCCAGUUUAAUUCCCCAGGCCCUCUUAUCUUCUUAGCCUGUGUCCCAAAGCCUGGAGAGGGGUCUGACUGGCACAGCCCGCUUCUGGGCCCUGGGUCAUGUGUCUAGUCUGGCUCCAUCAGCAGGGACCCCGAGAAGGGGCAUGGGUGGGAGGACAGUCAUGUCCACAGUAAGAGUUUGACAAGCAGUGGCCGCUCUGGAAUGGGGGCCCAGGUUUGCGUCUGGCCUGCAUUUAGAGCUGUGUGACUCCAGACAAGCCCCGUCCCCUCGCGCAGCCUGUUCCUAACUCACAACUGUGGGGUGGCGCCUCGGUUUACAUUCAUGCCUGUGAGCUCAUCGUAGAUCACAGGUGGGGAGACUGAGGCCCUGCAGUGAAGUGACUAGUCUAGAGACAUGCAGCGACAAGAGAAGAGACCCAUCCCAAGCCUCUGCAGCUCAGUUGCUGGAAAUGGGUUCUUCUUCCCUCCUGGUGCCUCUCAGGGUCCCACCCCGAAUCACCUGCUUCCCGCAGCAGCGGUGGGGGGUGGCAGGUGAAGGGCAGCACUCAGACCGGAGGGAUAUGAGAGCCUGUGGGCAGGGGCAGGCUGCUCGGGGCUGCUCUGAGCAUUUAGGUGGACCCCAACGGGUGUGAAGGAGCCCCUGCUGCCCUGCCCUCUGUGAAGCUGGGUGCCCACCCCCACCAUUCUCCCACAAGGGAACAUCCUAUGGAGAGUCUUGCUGCCUGCAGGUCAAGGCAGGUUAAAAACUGGGGCUCGGGAGCCAGGUAAAUGUGGUCUGAAUCCCCCACCACCACUCAAGCUGCACGAUCCCUGCUUUGGGCUCUGCCCUCAGCCUCCCCCUCGCCCCCCCUCCCCCACAAGGGUGUACAGCUCUCUCCCUCCCACCAAGGCCAACACAGGCCUCAUCUUGGUUAAUCCUCAUUCCUCAUAGCUCACCCCUCACCAGGCCGGGCAGGUGGGAGUGCUUUUUGGCAGUCUUGGAGGAGGUGUAGACACUGCCUACCACUCCGCAGUAGCUCAGCUCUUAGAAGAUUGGGGGGUGUUUACUAUUUUUUAAUUCAUUGCUGUUUUUUUAAUUAAAGGAAGCUUAACUGGAAAACUGACAAAAUCUCAAAAAGAAUCUAACCCUUAGGGGCCCUGAUUCCUCCUCUUCAGGAAAUGUGGUGCUAGGGGGCUUCCCCCUUGGCUGGCUCAGUUUCCCUCCCACAACCACUCCUAGAAAAACGCCAUCUAAAUACCUGCAUAUUUUGGUCUUUCACCUGGAAAUCUCCUGCCCUACAGUUUGGACUAUUCAGCAGUGAUUUGCAGGCUUCUGCGGGUGUCAGAAUCACCAGAGGCAAAUGAAAAAAAUUCACAUCCCUGGGCUCACCAGAGGGUACCUGAAUUCAGCAGGUCUGAAACAGUAGUGAGGCUGGGGAAUUUUAAUCCCAGUCCAAGGAUUGUGAUGGGGAUUAGGGGACACUUGCAGCCAUUCUGUGUUCUGACCACCAGAGGGCGCCGUGGACCGAGAUGAGCGGUCUCCUUUUGCGGUCUUGUUCCUCCAGACGGGUUGCUGGUUCCUCCAUCAAGGACUUGCUGGUCAGACGACAGGCUAGGGGUGAACCGUGUCCCAGUGGGAAGGAGCUUCCACAGAGAAGGAAGCUGGACGUCAGGAAAGAGGCUCACAGUGGGCAGUGAUUCUUGCACACUUGGACUCCUGAGCUCAGAGAGGCCAGGGCCCAGCCUGGAAUCCCUAUCAGCCUGUCCUGCUCUGGGGUGUGCUGUUUACCCAACACCGACGCAGGGGCAAAGGCUUGGUGGCAGCUGCUCUGGCUCCCAGCCCACCUAGGGCUCUUUGUCCUGUCAGGGAUGGGGGCAGAGGGUGGACCCCAGGAAUUUCAGCUGUGAGUCAGCUCUGAGUGCCCAGGGGAUGGGACAGGGGCUGCUGGCCAGGGAUAGAUGCUGGCCGGCGGGACCCUGCUUCCGCAGCUGUGGGUGGCCUUGGUGAUUCAGCUUCCCUCUGCCUGCCUAGAGGGGGCCCGCCCUGGGCUGGGAGAGGGAGGAGGUGUUCGGGUUAGGGAGGGGCGAGGGAGGGGUAUUAAGGGGCCCCGUGGUCCAACUCUUCCGGAUGCAGAGGCCCCACGGGAUAACUGUGGCCAGAGAUUGGGUAGCUCCGAGACUGGUCCUAGGAUGAGGUCUCCUGGGGGGAGGGUGUCCUUGAAAAUGAAAUCUCCUGAGAGGCUAGGGCUUUUUAUUAGGCUCCCUCAGAAAGAUACCCCAGGGUCUCCCGCCCUGUGUUCAUCUCUAUGGGGGGCCUGCCUUGGCGCUGCGUGGGGAGGGGCCUGAUCCCCCACCGGUGUGGGGAGGGGGUACAGACAGGCUGACCACUCCAGCUAGGAGGAGGUCUGCUGACGGAGGUAAAGCUAGGCUGAUGGAGGAGGAGCUGCGAGCGGGCGGCGUGGGGGAGGGGCGAGACAUCCCUCUCGGCUUCGGGGGCGGAGCCUGGACGGAGGUGGCGCCUGGGGCUCAGCCCAAUUUUCCGGGUGAGGCUCGAGGGGCGGCCGCGGAGGCGGGGCCUAGAGCACGGAGCCUCGCUCUCCGCCCGAACCUGGCGAGAGACCCCGCAGCAGCCUGAGCCACCGGGAGCCGGAGCUGGCGCGGAGGCCCUGCCGGAGCCGAGCUGAGUCGAGCUCGCCGCCUGAUACCGGCCGCAGCGCAGGCCGGCGCGUCAGCCCGCCGCAGGGUCUGGGCACUGUCGGAGGUAGCGAGGCCGACCACCGGCACCACCGGGCGCGGGAGCCCGGAUCGCCCUUGCAGGCCUGGCCUGAGCACGCUGGAGGACCUGGGGUUUGGACUGAAGAGAAGAGGGAUGGAGGAUUCCAUGUAAGCAUAGCGUGGGCACUAGGAGGGGAGAAGAGUGGAGACUUCGCCUGUCACGGGGCAGAGGUGCCCGGCGCUUACUAGGCCAGGCUUGAGCACCAGGGAGCCUGGCAUCCCAGCAGAAGCGACCUAGGCUCUGCCCUGCCUGAGCCGGGGACACAGCAUAGCUCUUGGACCUCGGCUGCCGCAGGCCGGGCACAAGAAGCAGUGUCCUCACCUGAGACCGAGCGGGAUCUACAGUGGGGCUCUCUGGUGGCCCAGAGCUGGUCGCUGGGGAGCCGGCCUCCUGACCCGGCCCCACUGGUACGGAUGUGCCGCUGCCCGCGGGAGCGCCAUGACGGCAGGAUGACCUCAGCUGAGGUAGUGGCGGUGGCUGGCGGUGCUCGGUGGGCCGGGAUCCCCCAGUGGCCCCCUGACACCCCGCAGGCGCUGCGGCGGCAUGGCCGGGCCUGGGUGGCCGUGGCAGCGCUGGUGUGGCUACUGGCGGGAGCCAGCAUGUCGAGCCUCAACAAGUGGAUUUUCACGGUGCACGGCUUCGGGCGGCCCCUGCUGCUCUCGGCACUGCACAUGCUGGCAGCUGCGCUGGCAUGCCACCCGGGGGCACGGCGCCCCAUGCCCGGCCGCACCCGCCGCCAAGUGCUGCUGCUCAGCCUCACUUUGGGCGCCUCGAUGGCCUGUGGCAACGUGGGCCUGAGCGCUGUGCCCCUGGACCUGGCGCAGCUGGCCACCACCACCACGCCACUGAUCACGCUGGCCCUGUCCGCGCUGCUGCUCGGCCGCCGCCACCACCCACUGCAGUUCGCCGCCAUGGGCCCGCUCUGCCUGGGGGCCGCCUGCAGCCUGGCCGGAGAGCUCCGGACACCCCCAGCUGGCUGUGGUUUCCUGCUGGCGGCCACCUGCCUCCGUGGGCUCAAGUCCAUUCAGCAGAGUGCCCUGCUGCAGGAGGAGAGGCUGGAUGCGGUGACCCUGCUGUAUGCCACCUCGCUGCCCAGCUUCUGCCUGCUGGCAGGCGCGGCCCUGGUGCUGGAGGCUGGCGUGGCACCGCUGCCCGCCCCCACCGACUCCCGCCUCUGGGCCUGUAUCCUGCUCAGCUGCCUCCUGUCUGUGCUCUACAACCUGGCCAGCUUCUCCCUGCUGGCCCUCACCUCGGCCCUCACUGUCCACGUCCUGGGCAACCUCACUGUCGUGGGCAACCUCAUCCUUUCCCGGCUCCUGUUCGGCAGCCGCCUCAGCACCCUCAGCUAUGUGGGCAUUGCGCUCACCCUUUCAGGAAUGUUCCUUUACCACAACUGCGAGCUCGUGGCUUCUUGGGCUGCCUGCCGGGGCUUCUGGCGGAGAGACCAGCCUGGCAAGGGUCUCUGAGACCUGAGGGAGCACAGGGACCACGCGGGACUGCCUCAGCCUGAAUCCAGCCUUGGCCCGUGGCCAUGGGAAAACGGGGAGAGUGGGCAGCCUCUGGGGCUGUCGGGGGAGAUGGGUCUUCCUGCAGGGCCACCUUGGAGGCUGGAAUGGGGACUCCCAGAGAGACCCACCUCCUGUCCCUGCCUGCCUCUCCUCAUCACAGACCCCACUCACCACUGGAUGGUGGGUCCAAGCCCGGCACAGUCACUGUGCUUGUCGGAGUAAUUAUUACGAUUGGUAUCAACUACUGCGCCGAAAACUGCUGGCCAAACUUUGAAAACCUCACCGUGUUGUGACGAUGAUGAUGAUUCUUGGGGGUCGCACAAUCCUUCCUCCAAGAAAUUGGGAGGCAGCUAGGAGGCCCAGGGAAGGGCUUCUUUGCUGCUGGGCUUCCCUAGGGAGUUGGGGUCGUCUGUGCCAACUCCAGGCAGCUGCUGUGGCCUCAGCCCUGGGCCCCCCAAUUUUGGGUCUUCCGUCCUCAAAUAAACUAUUUUUGCUUGUA